AUGAAGUUUCUUCUUCUUUUAUUUUUAUUUGAUCAUAUUUCUGCUCUCAAUCCAGUACAGUUUCAUGAAUAUUGUAUUAUUGGAGCUGGUCCAGCUGGUUUACAAUUAGGAUAUUUUCUUCAAAAAGCUAAACGAGAUUAUAUUAUUUAUGAAAAAACUUCUCAAGCAGGUUCAUUUUUUAUUGAUUAUCCUCGACAUCGUCGAUUAAUCAGUAUUAAUAAACGUAAUACAGGAGAAAAAAAUCGAAAAUUUAAUUUAAGACAUGAUUGGAAUUCUUUAUUAUCUGAUAAUGAACAAUUAAGAUUUACUCAUCGUUCGAAGCAAUUAUUUCCAUCAGCUGAUCUUAUGGUUGAUUAUUUAAAUGAUUUUCAUCGUUAUUAUCAUCUUCAUAUACAAUUUAAUACUACUAUUCAAAAUUUAAAACCAAUAUCGAAACAAACAACAACUUGUGAUUCAAAAGAUUGUUCAUAUUCAAUGAUUUCUCGUUUUCAAAUGAACGAUCAACAUGAAUUUCCAUAUACUUGUGGAAUUGUUAUUGUCGCAACAGGUCUAAACAUUCCAAAUAUUCCGCCAAUAGCCGGUAUCGAUCUAACUACUGGUUAUGAAAAUCUCUCACUCAAUAUUGAAGAAUUUGAAAAUCAAUCUGUUUUAAUCUUAGGUAGAGGAAAUUCAGCAUUUGAAGUCGCUCAACAUAUUUAUGAUGCAACGAAUUUUAUUCAUAUGAUCUCUCGAUCACGUGUACGUAAUGCUUAUGCAACACAUUAUGUUGGUGAUUUAAGAGCGAUUAAUAAUCAAUUGCUUGAUACAUAUCAACUUAAAUCACUUGAUGCACUUAUUGAAAUUGAUUUAAUGAAUCAUGAAUUAUUACAAAGAUCAAUUGAUGGUCGUAUUCAACUUAAACGUAAACAAUCGGAUAUGAUUACAUCUAUUCAUGAACGACAAGAAACAACAAUAUAUGAUCGAGUUAUUCGAUGUUUAGGAUUUAAAUUUGAUAAUUCAAUUUGGCAUCCAGAUAUUCAAAUGGAAGAAAAUCUUGGUCGAACAAGUAAAUAUCCAAAAAUUCGUUUUGAUUAUCAAUCAUUCAAUCAUGAUCAUUUAUAUUUUGCGGGAACAUUAACACAUUCAAUUGAUUUUCGAAAAUCAUCUGGUGGAUUUAUUCAUGGUUUUCGUUAUACAGUUCAAGCACUUCAUAGAAUGUUUGAAUAUCGUUAUCAUGAACAAAAAUGGCCAUCGAUCAUUUUAUCAUACCAUUCAUUAACAAAUUAUUUAAUUAAAAGAAUGAAUGAAGCUGAUGGUAUCUACCAAAUGUUUGGGCAAUUAGUUGAUGUUAUAUUAAUAGACAGAAUAAAUCAUCAAUGUCGAUAUCUUGAAGAAUAUCCUAUACAAUUACUUCCACAUAUAGAAGAAAUAACUGGUUAUACUUCAAAUAAUCUACUGAUAUUAAAUAUGCAAUAUGGUAUGAAUUAUUCUGGUGCAGGUCGUGAUGUCUUUGCAUUUGAUCGAGUUUCUGCUUCGGUAAAUACAGCUGAUCGAUCAAAUUUUCUUCAUCCUGUUUUAUAUUAUUAUAAUUCAACAUUAAAUGAAACUGAUUUUAAUGAUAUAAAACCUGGUUUUUUACCAAUAACAUCAUCUGUUCGUAUCCAUCAUAUUCUUGAAAAUGUUCUUACAUUAUGGAUGCAAUCUGAUGAACAUAUUUUACCAUUAAGAAUUUACUUAGAAAAUAUUCUUAAUAUUGAUUUACAACAACGAACUAUUGUUUCAUCGGCACGAAGAAAAUUACUUGAAAAAAAAUUAACCAUUCCUAUUUCAUUUUAUGCCUCACUUUGA